ACGAAGCUUCUGUUGAACGAUUGAAGAUCCAUCACAACCAAUCAAUCGAAGACACAGUGGUCCAUGGCCAUGGAGCUUCACCUUGAUUCCAUGGCCGCAUCCAUCGGCGUCUCCGUCCCCGUCCUCCGCUUCCUCCUCUGCUUCGUCGCCACCAUUCCGCUCAGCUUCCUCUGGCGCUUCAUCCCCGGUCGCCUCCCCAAGCACAUCUUCUCCGCCGCCGUCGGUGUUCUCCUCUCCUACCUCUCCUUCGGCUUCUCCUCCAAUCUCCACUUCCUCGUCCCCAUGUUCCUCGGUUACGCUUCCAUGCUCCUUCACCGCCCCCGAUGCGGCAUCAUCACGUUCUUCCUCGGUUUCGGCUACCUCAUUGCCUGCCAUGUGUAUUACAUGAGUGGUGAUGCAUGGAAGGAAGGUGGCAUCGAUGCAACUGGGGCGUUAAUGGUUUUGACAUUGAAGGUUAUUUCAUGUGCGAUUAAUUACAAUGAUGGGUUGUUGAAAGAGGAGGGUUUGCGUGAGGCUCAGAAGAAGAACCGCCUCGUUAAAUUGCCGUCUUUGAUUGAGUAUAUCGGUUACUGCCUCUGCUUGGGGAGUCACUUUGCUGGUCCUGUUUUUGAAAUGAAGGAUUAUCUCGAUUGGACUGAACAUAAAGGGAUUUGGGGCUCUGCAUCAAAAGGGCCAUCACCAUCACCUUACGGGGCAACCGUUCGAGCUCUUGUCCAAGCUGGAUUGUGUAUGGGCUUGUAUUUGAACCUUGUGCCGCACUUUCCUCUGACCAAGUUUACUGAUCCUUCAUACCAUGAAUGGGGAUUCUUCAAGAAGUUGGGUUACCAGUACAUGUCUGGCUUUACGGCGCGGUGGAAAUAUUAUUUCAUUUGGUCGAUUUCCGAAGCUUCUAUUAUUAUCUCUGGCCUGGGUUUUAGUGGCUGGACUGAGUCCUCUCCACCGAAGCCGCGAUGGGACCGAGCCAAAAAUGUAGAUAUAGUAGGUGUUGAGCUUGCUAAGAGUGCAGUUGUGAUUCCAACUGUGUGGAAUAUACAAGUCAGCACCUGGCUUCGCCAUUAUGUAUAUGAGAGGCUUAUUCAGAAUGGGAAGAAACCUGGUUUCUUUCAGUUACUUGCAACUCAGACCGUUAGUGCUAUUUGGCAUGGAUUAUAUCCUGGAUACAUUAUAUUCUUUGUUCAGUCUGCAUUGAUGAUUGCUGGUUCCAGAGUCAUUUACAGAUGGCAGCAAGGCGUGCCUCCGACAAUGGCUUUGGUUAAGAAUGUAUUGGUGUUUAUGAAUUUUGCGUAUACACUCCUGGUUCUAAAUUACUCCAGUGUUGGUUUCAUGGUAUUAAGUCUGCAUGAAACUAUUGCCUCAUAUGGAAGCGUGUAUUAUAUUGGAACUGUUCUUCCUGUUGUUGUGAUUCUUCUUGGUAAAGUAAUCAAACCGGGAAAGCCUGUGAGAACUAAAGCUCGGAAGGAUCAGUGAGGUAAAAAGUGCAGAUUUUUCCCCUUUGGAGUUUUUGAAUCAGAUUAGGAUAAUAGGAGAGAGUGGAUUUCCAGUUUCCACGGAUCAAUGUUUUGUAACUGCUCCUUUAGCCAUGAAGUUGAAACUGGUUCGGUCAUUUUAUACUUUUGGCUUGCAUUGAAUUGUAUUGCCGUGGCUAGAAACAUGUUUGCAGGUUGAUAAAAGCUGUUAUUGAAGAAAUGUCAGAUAAUUCUUGUA